AUGUCUUUACUCACCAAUUAUGAGGGGCUUCGGCAUCAGAUAGAGAGGCUGGUGCGGGAAAAUGAGGAACUGAAGAAGCUGGUGCGGCUCAUUCGGGAGAAUCACGAGCUCAAGUCGGCAAUCAAGACGCAGGCGGGUGGCCUGGGCAUCAGCGGGUUCAGCAGCGGGCUUGGCGAGGCAGCGGCUGGCGCUUCUCAAUGCCAGGGUAACCGUGUCUUCCUGUCCCCGUCCCCGAUAGCAGCAAGCGAACCUGUCCUGGAAGAAGUGGGGAUGGUGACUCUGGCACCUCUGGCCGACAUGCUAAACAGUCCACAGCCCAGCCCUGCAGCCGGCCCCAUCAUGAGCCCCCUGACGGGCCCUCUCAACACGCUGCUGCCUGGCUCGGGGCCCAUGCCGCAGAGCAGCCCACUCACCAGCCUUCUGACUGGCCCCCUCAGCAGACACCUGGCCAGCCCUAUGGGCCUGCCCUCGACUGGCUCUCUGACUCCAAGCAGCCACUUGGCCAGCCCCAUGGCAGUGCCCCCAGCGGGCACACUGGCCAGCCCCCUGGCCAGCCCCAUGGCUCUGUCUCUGGGCAGCCCCCUGCUCACCUCCACGCCUGCCCCUCUAGGCGUCCCUCAGAACCUUCUAGCCAACCCCAUUAGUAAUCUGGGGCUGUCAGAGGCCCCAAGGGUGCGGCUGGCAGAGCCGCUCCGAGGAAGCCCCUCUGGACACCAUCCAUCAGCUGGCACGAGGCCUGCUGCCACCUCCAAAGUCCCACUCUCCACUGAGCACCCCCGGCCAAGCCAGGACCCAGAGCCCCUCAGCGUGGCGUUCGUGGGUGUGCCCAUCCAGACCUCCACCCCCAUCGGUACCGGGGGCACUCCUGGCCCUGUGACGGCCUUCUCCUACAGCACCUCAGACGCCCAGACCCAGCCUGGUGUCCCCCAGGGACAAGCAGUUCCUUCCUCUGACCCCACCUCCCCAACUGCUGCCCUCACUGUCACAGGCCUUGCCUCUGCCCCCACUCCCGCCCCCCAAGCUGCCACCAACCACACUCCCUCUAGUACGACCCACAUUACCCAGUGCACCCCCAACUCCACCUGCCGACCCUCAGCAACCUCCCACUCCCCUCCACGCAACCCUCUCUCCCCACCUCGAGCCUCAUCCUCCCCAGCCUCUGUCAACAACAACCGGGGUGCACGCGUCUCGGAAACAUCUCGGAAAAGCAUCCUGGAGUUGGAGCGGAAGCUGGCCCACCGAAAGGCCAGCAAGUUCCCUGAUGGCCCCCGAGAUUCGAAGCAGCUGGCCUGGGAGAGGCUGGUGGGAGAGAUAGCCUUCCAGCUGGACCGCAGGAUCCUGUCCAGCAUCUUCCCCGAGCGCGUGCGCCUCUAUGGCUUCACUGUCUCCAACAUUCCAGAGAAGAUCAUCCAGGCCUCCCUGAACCCCAGCAGCCACAAGCUGGAUGAGGAGCUGUGCCAGACGCUCACACAGCGCUACGUGAGCAUCAUGAACCGGCUGCAGAGCCUGGGCUACAACGGGCGGGUGCACCCGGCGCUGACCGAGCAGCUGGUGAACGCCUAUGGCAUCCUGCGCGAGCGGCCUGAGCUGGCUGCGUCUGAGGGCGGCUCCUACACCGUGGACUUCCUGCAGCGUGUGCUGGUGGAGACCGUGCACCCCAGCAUGCUCACUGACGCACUCCUGCUGCUCUCCUGCCUCAGCCAGUUGGCGCACGACGAUGGCAAGCCCAUGUUCAUCUGGUGAU